AUGAACUCCUUGAACAUAAUCACCUCGCGGGUGUCGCCGCCACCAAGCCCGGGCCCCUCGCGAUCCAACUCUUUUGGCUCCAUAGGCAUGGCGGUAGAGCCCAAUGAUGACUCGUGCGAUGGCGACCCGGACCGGAAGCGAAGGGAUGAUGCUCUCGAAGACAAUACUUCAACGACUGUCAAAUCCGAGAAGGUCGACGAAGCGUCCGUCAGCAUCGAUGCGCCGAGUGAAUACACGCCCCUAAUGAAUGAGUCGAAGGAGGCGGGUGUGCGGUCAGCGACGUGGCACUCUCUGCCGCGUUCCAUCGCAACCACGUUCAUCAAUUCGAUCCGAUGGUUCUUCUCUACCCUGGCCGCUCCCGGCGUCUACCUCAUCGCCUGUCUCUCUUUGGGGACGCGCAACGAUAAGUUUGCGCACGAAUCCGGUUUCUACGACGAGAAUAAUGGCCUGCACCUCUCUACUUCGAGUCGAGCCGUCUUCCGGUUCAUCAUCGUCUGGGCCUCUCGUCCGAGUCCGAAUCGGAUCCUGACCACAGGAACCAGCAUCGCAGCUCCGUACAACGACAUACUCGCUCCAAAACUCUACAAGACACGGAAGAAAUCGCCCCGUCACGAAGGUCUAUACGCAUCCAAGCUACACAGCGAGGAAGGACUUCGAAAGCACCGAAAGACUCAAUCUGCCAGCUCACAGGCCAAACGCAGUGACGGCACCGCCGUGGCCGAUAUUUCUGCCCAGCUCAAGUCGCCGACAUCACCUGCUGGCGCUUUGACGAAAUACCAAAAGACACUGAUCCUGGAUCUCGACGAAACAUUGAUACACAGCAUGUCUAAGGGAGGCCGCAUGAGUACUGGGCACAUGGUCGAAGUCCGGCUAAACCAGACCUAUGUCGGCGCCGGAGGGCAGACGUCGCUAGGGCCGCAGCACCCCAUCCUCUACUGGGUCAACAAGCGGCCCUACUGCGACGACUUCUUGCGCAGGAUCUGCAAGUGGUACAACCUUGUCGUCUUCACGGCCUCCGUGCAGGAAUACGCCGACCCUGUCAUAGAUUGGCUCGAGUCGGAGAGGAAAUUCUUCUCGGCUCGUUACUAUCGCCAGCACUGCACGUUCCGGCAAGGUGCAUUCAUCAAGGACCUGAGCUCUGUCGAGCCCGACCUCAGCAGGGUCAUGAUCUUGGACAACAGCCCGCUGAGUUACAUGUUCCAUCAAGACAAUGCGAUACCCAUUCAAGGCUGGAUUAACGACCCGACGGACAACGACCUUUUGCAUCUGGUGCCGCUUCUUGAGGGUCUGCAGUACGUGUCGGAUGUGCGGGCGCUGCUGGCGUUGAGGGGCGGCGAGGACGGUCAGCACAUGGCAUAGUCGUUGUAAUGGCAAAUACAAAGGGGCAGGCGGAACGUGAAAAACUUCAGCGGCUUCAACUACGUCUGAAGGCAAUUGAAUGUGUGUAUGUAUGUAUACCAACAGCGGUGUUGUAGGUUUCCGGGAGUGAAACGGAGUUUCCGAGCGGGUGGGCGCAACGAAGCCAGCAUUCAGGGACCGACGGCAACGUCGAUGGCUGGUUCCGAGAGCGGGUUUUAUGCAAUUUGUUAUUCCAUUUUGUC